AACUCGCUUGCUCCACAUGGCAGGACUGUCUGACCUAGCCCUUAAAUCACAUGAGUUCCCAAAUUUGGAGGAUUCUUACUUUUUCGGUCCUUCGUUUAUUCAAGAGGUUAAAGGUCGUUAUAAGGCAAGGAGAUGCUUUUCAGAGCUCAAAAAGUCCUUUCCUGGCUACAAGAAGACCUUUUGGACAGAGGGUAGCCCCUGUCGGUCUGCAGGUGCAUCCCGAGAAGCAUCUCAUCAGGCCCAGUACCCCCACUACAGUGGAAAACACAAGCUCCCAGGCGGAAGUAGAGGAGCUCAUUCCAGAGGAGGUCCAGCUUCCAAGAGAACACCCAUGCAUUCAAGUAAAUGUGCCUCCUCACACGCUACUAAAUUGGAAGGAUAUUUCUUCAGACAAAUGGGUUGUAAAGAUUUUUCAAAGGGGUUUACAACUUCCCCUUUUAAGAUUUCCAGUUUAGAGGUUUGCACCCGGCAGAGAGGUGAACCCAGUGCUAGAUGCCUCCCUUUACCUAGAUUUAAAUCAAGGGAAAAUAGAGUUGGCAGACAUGUCCAUUACAGGAUGGGUAAGUCCGUUGUUCCCAAUCUCCAAAUCAGAUGGUUCCUGGAGGCCGGUUCUAAAUGUGAGGUCUCUGAACGCUUUCAACAAAAGAAAAAGGUUCAGGAUGGAGGGUUUAUCAGAUCUUCCAGGCUUAGUACAGGAAAAAUUUUCUGCAAUAGAUAUAGCCAAGAAAAACGGCAUUUCCUCAGGUUUCGGUGGAAAGGAAAGGUGUGGCAGUGGACUGUUAUGGUGUUUGGCCUAUCCAAUGCACCAUACACAUUCUUUAGAAUGAUGAAAUCUGUGAUAGCUCAUGUCAGACUAAAAGGUUACAUGUGUCUGCACUAUCUAGACGAAAUCCUGUUCAUGCACCCAGAUGGGGAAGCCGUUGCUUCUCAAAUGGAUUAUCUUGCUUCCUUUUUACAAGACCUAGGAUUUGUAGUGAAUUUACAGAAAUCAGUCUUAAUUUCAACUCAAAGUACUGUAUUUCUUGGUUUUGUACUGAACACCAGGACUAUGUCACUAGGAAUCCCUCAAGACAAAUGGGACAAAUUAUUG